UUAUUUUUAGAAAUUUCAUGAAAAUAUACGAAACUUUUGUACAAGAACAUUUCCCUUGUGUCAUCUGAAUUUCGAGCUAUGUUGACUUGAAAAGGUGAAAAAUCGUCGAAAGCUGAAGUUUCGACUAGCUGUGGUAAGAACAUGCUUAGUCAGAAAAAUCUGAAAAAAUUCAGAUUUGAUACUUUCAAUACGAACUUCAAGUGAGUAAAAGGGUGAAAACAUCAAAAGUGUUCAGAGUUCUUCAUUCGAUUUGACGUGGAAUCCUCCAUAUGUAUAAAUCAUUUGUCUGCGUAAAACAGACAUUUAAUGCACGGUCCAGUUUGUGAGAUUCAAAUUUACGUAUAACACGUGCUAGAUGAGGAAACGGAGUAAUCCGAGUACGCGCAUGCGCAAUUUGAACCAGCAGAAAUUGGAGCACGAGUUUCUGACUUCAUUCGCACACGACGAGCGUACGGGAAGCUACGCAGUUGAGUGUCGCGUUGUUUAUAUCGAAAUAUUGAAAGUGUGGUGCAUAAUUUAAAAAGUGUAGUUUUACUGUGACGACAAACAGUGUAUAUAAAGUGACGUGGCAGUGAUUAUAGGUGGGAAAAACUAGUGACCGCAACGAGAUCAUCUGAUUGAAAGUAUCGAAGAAUUAAGCAGAGACAUCCGAGUAAACUCUUCAUUACUCGGCAACGUUGAACGCACGUGACAACGGAUCGCCGAUCGAACAAAUUGACAGUUUACCGGACUCGCUGAACCGAGUGGCGUUCAUUUCCAAACGUACGACAGAGGCAGGGGAAUUUGACGUGAAUCGACCAUCCCGCUUAUGCCGUGCCGGAGAAUCAUCAGAAGUGAUAACAGGCAGGAAAACUUUAUCGUCGGAGAAAUACGCGUAUCAGCGAAAGAACAACUGUUGAAAGGAUAAUUAUUGACGAACGAGCUGCCUGAAGGUGUCAUGUUUUGACAACCAUAAAGUGCCAUUGCCAUUGUAACAAAGUAAGAAAUUUCAAAGAUGGACAAAAACAAUGACAAGAAUUCUGCAACGCGAGAUUCGUUACGCGGUACGUCCGCCGUAAGGGGAGGACAAAGGCGACUGGUGGGCUUUGAAUAUCAGCUGAGAGUAUUGACGCUUUUUAUGGUACGAGGAAUACGACAAAAUCUCAACUUUUCCUUACAAACUGAAAUGGAAGCCGCAAGAAGUUUUGACGAUUUGGUGCUCAGUUAUAAACCCAACGCUGAUACCGACGUGAAGGUAUACCGAUUCGUUCAAGUAAAACAUAGCCAGAAUGAGUCCCGGAAAAUCAAUGUCGCGAAUCUUCUCGAUACAACCCCUCACUUUGCAUUGAAUCCCUUUGCAUUGAAAAAGUUCUUUGACUCCUACUGUGAGAUAAAGAAGGAUCCCAUAUUUAAUAAAGGCGAAUUGAAAGAUGUCAUUAUUUACACAAACAUCGAUUUGGUCAAGAAAAAUUUUGAGUUACAAGAGAUCGAACUCAUUGCGGAUAACCAAUUUGACGAGUUUCUUCAUCCCGAAACUAAUGAAAUAAAAAGCAAACGAUACAGAUUUAGCAACAUAGGCCCGUCAAAAGUUUAUGAAAAUUUAGCAUCGGAAGCGUAUUACUUAGCGCAAAUAUUGGUUAAAAAAGUUCUUAAUUCGGAGAAAUUAUCCAAUGAAAAUGCAAUUAUUAAAAAAUAUCGCAUUGCUCUGACAAGGGAAGUUAUUAAUGUGAGCGAGGAAAGAAUUUCCGACGAUUUCAUUGAAGGAAAAGAUUUGUCCGAUGGGGCGGAAAAUUUCCGCAAUAAAUUUUAUUCUCAGUUCUUACUUCAAAUGGGAUUACAGAAAGACUACGGCUACCCAGAAAAAGUAUGGAACAAGAUAAGAAGUAAGUCUAUCACAUUCUCCGCCAGUUUCAUUUCGGACUCUCUUUUGGAAGAGGAAAUACUUUCGAUGAGCACGUUUCCCAAGAGUCACGACAACGACGAAGAAAUCCCCGGUUUCCUUGACAAACUAAUUCUUGCGGUAAAACAGCCGAACUAUACUGAACUUGGCGACAUAUUGGAGAAGGAGGUGGGCGAUUGUAUAUCACAUUUCGGUCAUGCCGAUAUUUUUAUCGGAAUGGUUGAACGGGACAUGCGAAAGUGGUUUUUGCAAAAAGAAGGAUCAUCUUUAACAAACACAAGUGGACUUGAAUUCCUGAAUAAAACCAAGAACAAAAUCGUGGCGUCAGGGUUGCGCUUUGUGCACCAGGAGAAACUGGAGAAUUACGGGAUUAAUUUCAGAGAGGAAAAUCGGGAAUUGACGGCCUAUUUAGCUCCAGAAAAAUUGUGCAACGAGAACAGAGCCUUGAAUUUUGUUGCAACCGAGGGGACAACUACAGCGGCUAUCGAAGUAUACCAAACGAUCAAGAAAGCACCCAGGCUUGGAAACAAAUAUGACAGUAUGAUCAUUCAUUUCAACUAUAUGUUGUUACCCAAUACCAGAAAACAUGUAAUCGAUACAUUUGGAAUGCAGGACCAAUAUAUUUGUCUGGUUGUUGUAUCUGAACGGUCCAAUGACCAGGAAUAUCAGGCAUUGAGUAAAUUGUAUGACGAUUUACAUAAAAUAAUGAUGAAUGACGGGUGUGAAAAUAAAAAACUGAUUUUUAUUACAAAAAAGGAGUUAGUUUUGAGAAACUGUAGUCAGAUUCCCUGUAAAUUAAAUUUUAACGAUCUUACGGAUGAGUCACAGAAAAAAUUAUUGGAUAAACCGAUCGUUAGUUUGCAAGGUCAAGAAAAAAGCAUGAGUUUUGCAGAAUUAUUCCGAAUCCGUGCACUAGAGAACAUAGAUUCGAAUGAUUUAAAAAACUUCAGGAACGCGAUAGACUCAAGGACGUUAGAGAAGCUGAUCAUUAACGGAGAUAAUAUAAAAAUAGGCUCACCCUUGGAGACUUUGGAUUUAAUCAAAAAUUAUUUUAUCGAUCGUACAUUCCAUCGACGAGUUAUCAUCAAGGCCACCGAUCUUGAGUCGUUAAACACAUCCGAUAUCUACGCUGUCAGCCACGCCGACCAGAAUAACUUACGAUACCUAGAAAUGAGUGGAAAAACAAAACGUUUUCAGGAAAUUGAUUCCUCGGAACGGCAAGUUCCCGGAUUCGUCAAAUUGAACCGUGGUGAAGAGAAGGAACAUUUCGAAAAGCUGUGUAACACAUAUCCGAACCAUAACGUUCAUUGGCUUAUCGCCAGAGAGAAGGAAUUAUCAUGGGUACGAUCAAAAGGUAGUAUUACUACUCUAGUGGACCACAGAGACACUAGGGAAAAAUUUCCUCAUGACUGCAAAUACGACGUGUGUAAAACAACAACCCUUGAUGCGUUGGUUGAUGAACUGUCUUCUCAGGAUGCGGGGCCCGUAAUUGUUUCCGAUACCGCGGGCAUGGGAAAAACAACGAUCCUAACUCAUUUCGCGAAGAGAAUACAAGAGAAAAAUCCUAAAAUGUGGGUGGUCCGAAUUAAUUUAAACAAUUGUACACAUGUUUUGAAUACGAAAAAAAUAUCAAGAAAUGUCAAUAAAGGAUAUAACGAAAGCGCGGUCGAGUUUCUCAUCAACCAUUUACUAAAUCUUAAUGCUGAAUUGGAAAGGGUAAUUUUGAAAGAAUUGAUCACAAAACGGGGUGGCGUGGCCUUGUUGUUCGACGGAUUCGAUGAAAUAAGUCCGGACUACGAUGGUACGGUGAUAGCCGUACUGCAAGCGAUUAAAGGAUAUAACGCAGCGAAGUUGGUCGUUACCACCAGACCUCACAGGCAGAGUUUGUUAGAAAAUACGCUUCAAACAUUUUCUCACGUCUUGAAACCGUUUUCUCAGGAAGAUCAAAUCAAUUUCCUGGUCGGAUUUUACAGAAAAUUUGGUGGUCUAGCCCCCGAAACGCAGCUGAGAAUACGUGCUGAAGCUGUGUUGAAUAAAUUUGCAACUGCAAUUCGAUCUGAUGGUCUGAACGAAUUCGCUGGUGUUCCUCUGCAAACGCGUAUGAUUGCCGAAGUAUUCUUUCGAGAUAGUGACGAUAUGGUUUCAGUGGAGCCGAAUGUGUCAGAUGAUGUCAAAAUAGCUGAUCUCUAUCGAAUGUUCGUUGACAAAAAGUUCGAAAUAUAUUAUCAAGAAAAGAAUAAAUACGACCUAAGCAAGCCUGGAACAAAAGAACAUAUUGAGGAUUCGAAGACAACAUUUCUUCAGAAACAUCGACGAUUAGCUAUGUACACGUUAUUCGUAGAAGAACAUUCACCUACUUUGAAUUUGUCUCGGAACGAAAUUGAGAACGUGACAGAAUUGAUCGCCAAGAUAAGUAGAGGUUUACGGCGAACUGGUAUCGUGACAGAUUUAAUCAACCGGAGAGCUCAUUUUAUCCAUCGAACUUUCAUGGAAUACUUCGUAGCGAGCUACUUAUUUCAACACCUCGGAAUAUCUGAAGAGAACGAUUCAACCAGGCAGUUAGAACCGUUCAUUUUACUUGAAAUUCUCCAGGAGUCACGAUACUACGUAGUUCGCGCCUUUCUGAACGAUCUGUUAUCCGAACCGCCAGUAAACUCGACACCUGAUCCUCUUCCAUGGGAGGUAAAAAAGAUCGACAUCGUAGAUGACGAAACCAGCUUCAACAUUUUUCAGACCGCUGUGAAUGAAAGUAACUAUAAGCUCAUGAAAUUCUUUUUUACUCGACUUGUGAAAAAUGUUUCAAAUUCACAGGAAUGGAUUAACAAUAAGCUCAGGAAUCCAGAAAAUGAGGAAACUCUGAUGCACAUGGUGAUUCAGAAAAAUCGUUAUAAAACAUAUCCGAAUUCAUCAGAUGCAAACAUCUUGGAAGUUGUUGAAUGGUUGCUGAAGCAAAAAGCUGACGUUAAUGCUACUGAUCGUGACGGAAAUACACCAAUGCACAGAGCUGCUCUAAGUGGGCAAUUGAUGAUUUUGAAAUUACUGGCAGGUCAGCAAGAUGCUGAUGUAACAGCUCAAAGUUGUGAGGGGAAAACACUGCAGCACGUCGCAGCUGAGCGUGGAAACUUGGAGAUGCUGAAAUGGCUGGUGGACGAGCAGGGCUGCGACGUCAAAGCGAAAGAUGAUUCGGGGACAUCAGUGCUGCAGGUGGCUAUUGCAUAUAGGAACUGGGAAAUAGAAAAGUGGUUGGUGGAAGGCACAGAAGCGAUGAUAACGUCUUAGAUAUUCUGAGUUUUUGUUAAUUUUUUUCGUUUUCGAGCUUCUGCAGCACCAGUCGUAAAAUCGGUGGCGACUUUAGUUAAAUCACCGGACGGGGACGUGGCGAGUAUUUUGAAAGACGAGGACGUCCACUACGUGCGUAGCUACAGACGCGAGCUGACCGAGCUGACCGAGCUGAUGAGACAUCGUUGAUGACUGGCGUGAGGCUAUGGAGGAAGCGCCAACUUGAAGGUCAUGCAGUACUCCUACCCCUACCGACCGAGCACCCAAAAAAAAGCUAAGCCGUGCGCCCAGCUGAUCGUCAGAGCAUUUUAUUUAGAAAAUUAUUGCAAUUCCAAAAUUUCGUCCAGCAGCCUCAAGAUUGCAUGAAAACAGUCUGACAAUGGCUCACUUUACUUCUCAUUUUUUCCGAAAUUGUGAAAAGUAUCUCAGCUACGUACUUUCUGGCCUUUGAAAUGCGGGAAAUGUGGGAAUAGUAACACGUGUCAAAUAACCACAUGUUUUUUUCAAGAUAUACGGGAUAUGAGUAACUUUCCUGAAUCCCGCUACAAAAGAGCGAUGCACCGUCGAAAUUUUAACCCUUUCUGAUCGGUUUUUUGAAUUUAAUAUGGAAAGAAGAAAGGGUGAGUUUGCUCGAUCGGUAAGAGCGGGACUACUACAUGACCGUAAGCUCUGCCGCGAGGGACACGAAGGUGGAUGAGAUUCCCGCCGCUUAGUCAUCGACGCAUCGCGAAGACACCACCACGCCAAUGUCGAGGGAUGGUACAUCGACAAAUUCAUCGGCCAACGAGCAUUCUGCGACAAUUGCAAUACGCUAGAUUUUAAGAAUGUCGGAACCGACAACCAAUAAGAAUCGGACAGUCUUGCGAUUAACAGCGCUUAUGUUUCGAAUUUUCGACGUCUCACCCUUGUUCUGGUGAUUUCAUGAGAUAGAUAGUCUUUGGUUUUUGGUGGGAUAAUUGGAUGUAGAGAUUGUGAGAAAAAAAGUUGUGGAUGACGUCAUUGGAUCGAGUUACGAAACGAAUGGAAUUAAAUGAGAAAAUGUGAGGAGCUUUUUGGUGUUGUUGCGAACCGUCAAGCGCUAACUGUAUUCUCGCAAUCGGAUUUCGAGAAAAAUAGAGAAGAAAGAGUCACGGUUUCAAAUCAAGGCAAAUUCAUUGCUAAUUACGUACAGCCUAAUUCCGCUCUACGGGGUUGAGUCACAUUAGCGUAUUUUUGCAGUGUCACCUAUCAAGGAUAGAUCACGUAUCGCUGUCGAGAAACGUUAAUGUUUGAAAUAAUUGAUUACGGAAUUGCUUACGACGUUUCGAAUGGGAUAUUCAUUUAAUAUCCUUUUUCGUGGACCACGAUUGACGCGUUAAGUAUUAUCAUUCUUGUUAUUGGUUAGCGGAUUUAGUUGUAAGCUUUGUCAUCAAUAAUUUUCUCUUUUGUUAGCUUGCAUUUUGAUCUUGUCUCGCGAGUAUCGAAUUUAGUUUCGAAAUUCGUUGCAAUUUGUACAUUACAUAUUGGGACCCUUUUGUUCCUUUUUUUUUGUAUCAAUAUUAUUCCACUGAAUAUAUCAAUGUUUUGGUUUUAUUUUGUUUAAUUGUGUUGCGUCAACGAGUGUUCUUCCUGUCUCUCCGAAACAUGACCCCUUCCCCACCCCGUGAUACUGUCGUGGGCAGCCAAAAAUUAACAGCGGUGAAGAUUGAGAGGCGUCUUGAUUACGCCACGUGCCCAACAAAACCUUAUAAAUGUUAAAGCUAUCAUCGCGGUUCGCCGAAUUAUAGCGAACGAGGUACUUUGUAACUUCUGCGGGUUGCCGAGUGCAUCAAAAAUCCGUGUCACAACUUGUACGACCAAAAAUAAACUGUUGAUUAUUCGACAAAUUUUCUAGAUCAAAUUCUUAAUUGAAUUGUGCACCCAAAAUUCAUAUCGCAGUAACAAGGAAUAUUAUAAACUAUAAACUGAAAAUUGACAAAUCUUCGAAGCUUCGUAACAAGGAGACUUAACUCGAUAACAGGCGUUUGAAGAUUAGUAAGUCCCAUGGAUGCCGUGCCGUUUUCAUAUGUCGGCUGUCUAUAUUUCGAUAGGAUCGUUCGUGCUAGAAAAAGCUUCGUGUGAAACAAGUCGUCGUACAUGAUGAUUCUCAAUCUCUGCUGUACGAAUGAAUAAAAAUGCAUAAAUGUAAUAAAAUAACUCCUGCAUUCAAAAAGUCGGAUGCACAAGGUCGUAAUGUGGGGAAAUUCUUUGAGGAUUCCCCCGUAAAAGAUUUACGAAUCCCAUGAAGUUCCCAUAAGAAUCCCACGUAAGAUUUGGCAAAAACCCCACAAAAUUGACUAAUAAAACAAUUAUCAUCUAUGCUCAUACGCAGCAGUUACCUGUUUUAUCAUUGGACUCCGUGGAGUUACUAAUUUCAUUAUAAUCGUCACGCCUGAGUUAGGUCUUUUAUAAUCGGCAUCACUAAAGUUGAGUGAAUUUUGUUGAGGGCAAUCGUUAUAACGAGGCACGUUUUGGCGAGCCGCUGACAUAGCAACCAUGGUGUAGGUGUACCAGAACAAUAUUGUGUGUCACGUAAACUAAACUUUGGUUCAUUUUGGUAGCUAUGACAGCAACUCGCCAAAAAACUCCCAUGCAGUAUAGACAAUAUUUUGUCCUUUCGAGCACUACCGUAGCACGUUGCUACGGUAAAUGUGCUCCAAACUAUUCGCUGUUUUUUUA